AUGGGCCUCGCACUUCGCGAUCCGACCGGCACAUCAGCCCUCCCGGGCCUGCUCUCAGAGCAUAGGUACAUCCCCGAUACCCGAGGGCCGUCCAACACGGCCCGCCACCGCAACCUGCUCCAGGACCAGCAGAUCAGCCGCGCCAAGUACGCCCGCUGGGCCGAGCGCCACAGCACCCACCAAGAUGCUGUAGCGAGUGCCACGGGCCUGACCCGCCCGCGCAAGCUGCACCCGCACCAGAUCGCCGUGCUCAACGCCUGCCAGCGCUCCAGCGCCGCCGGGAACGUGCGCAUGAGGAAGCGGACCACCCGCGCCGCGCGGUCGUGGCUCGAUAACGAGGACGAGGGGCGGGACCUGGCGCGCAGCCGGGUCCCGCUGCCAUCGGACGGGGACCGGGCUGGCCGCCGGCGGCCGCCUUCGCUCGAGAGGCAGGAGGCGUUCGUCGAUGCCGCGACCAAGAAGAUGAGGCUGCCGAGUCCGGACGCUCGUCGUGCGGCCGACGAGGACGCUGACAUCAAGGAGCUAUACCGCAUGGGGCUAUUAUACGAUGAUGAGCACCAGCGGGGGUCGGCCUUCAGCUUGGAUGCCAUUGUCCAUGACGAGCCUGUGUAUACCCUGAGCAUCCGGAAGGGGAGGAAGGGGCAGAAGAGGAAGGCUGUUGAGGGUAUCGAUGAGGCAUGGCAUACGAAGUUGCCGCUGGACUUGUCGUUCGCUGCGUUCGGUGACGACGAUGCGCUGGCUCAGUGGCUCAUCUCCUCGAGCUAUGAGAGUGCUGAGGACCAGGAUGCAUGGGAGGACUAUCAGUCUGCCACUACGAGUGACAAGCCAUUGACUAUUGUUUAUGAGCUCGACGAUCUUCCUGCUCCUGAGCUCCUGGCUGACGACGGCAACAGCGACGAGUGCUCGGAGGACUGGGCGAUGUUGCAGGAGGAGAACGAUGACGGCGCGAUGACACAGAUGGAGGGGGGGGUAGUGCAGGCAACCGACAACCCCGACGACUGGGUUAUGUUGAUGUGA